AUGGAGAUCCCGUUGCAAACGAAGAUGAUUACCAAAGUUAUUCAGGCCGGUUAUCAAAUUGUUCUUUUCCCAGGAAACCAAGGAAGUUACGUACAUUGAAUGAUAUAAUGAAGAGUGAAGCACCUGGGCAAUCAAGACAGACGCAUUUGCCAUACAACGAUGAAUGUACCCAAACCAAGGAAGGUAGUAAUAACCUAGAGGAUGGUCCGCUUAAAGGUGAAAAGUCAGUUACACAGUACAAGAAUACCAAAGUAAAAGGGAAAAAAUAUUUUCCAACAAAGAAAAGAAGGUAUUUGUCAGAGGGAGAGGAUGAAGGGCCUUCUCUGAUACAAUUGCUGAAGAGGAGUAAGAAACCCAAGGCUCAAAACUUUGAUAGAGAGAAUAAGCAUGCCAAGAAUGGAGUAGUUAUUUCCCAAUCGGUCGCCAAUGGUUCAUCUGAGAAAUGCUUGUAUUCUAGGACUAAAAAACUUGAUGACCUGAAAGAAAUUAGUACGAAGAUUUUUGAGGAUAAGAUAGCCAUGGAUAAAAUACAGGGUGAUGUUGAUCGCACUCCUGUCAAGCUACAGCAGGUUCAGAUCUUCGACUGUCAUGUGGUUCCUGAAUAUGAAAGUGCCAAAUAUAUUGAUGGGGGAGAAUCUCUCCCUUCGCUAGCCAUUAAUAGUGAUACUCUAUAUAUAGGUCAGGAACGUCACGAUAUACCCCGGCAGCACCUUGUCGUGAGUAAAAAGCAAAUUGUGAAAUGUGACGUCGAUUAUGGAGCUCAUUUCCCUAUGGAUGGGCCGAAGGUAUGAAAUUUGUAUGUGAAUGUUGGAGCUCAUUGACUUUUAAAUGGUUAUUUACGAACGUACGUUAUUUGUGCAUCAUUUCUUUUCCAUGUCCUGAAGGAGAACUGUUGUGUUUAUGAGCUAACCUUAUCUUUGUGUAUAUCCAUCAUCUGUUCUUGAUCAAUUCUAUGCUUUCUUUGGGGCCCGAUUAUCGUAUGCGAAUCUAAAUUGAUGUGCAAAUCACAUUAGUAUGAUGACGUCUUUAUAGCUCAGUUAUUUGCCAAAUCUUCCAUUUAGCAUAAGAUCUAUUGAUCACUUUUUUAGUCGACAUUCGGGAUUCUGUACCUAAUUGAAAGUAGUUUCUUACCCCAGUUUCAGAUUUAUUUGGUCGUUGCCAUAUGCUUACUCUUAUUUUAUAUUCAUUACAACCUCUUAAAGUGAGGGAAACUUAUUGUUGCAUCACUGUGUAUUUCCUAAAUAUUUUCUAAUGUAACCUUGAUUACUGUUGUUCCAUCCACAUUGAUUUGGUUAGACACAGUGCAUGCUUGUAAAGUGUUUACGAUUAUCUAUAGAACAUGGCUAUUUGCCAUGGUUGAAGUCCCCGAGCCAGUGUCAUUUCUGUGAGCAUAUGUGAUUCUAUACCACAACCGUGUAGUUUUGCAAUUUGUAUGGUAAAACUGCCUUCUUUCUUUCCAUGAUUUCUCUCUCUCUCUCUAUUGAGUGACUGUGGCGAAUCAUCAUCGAUGCAGUCAUUGACCUAAUAAUUUUUCAGGAUUCUUCCCAGACAUCCCAAAAUGAAACUCCCGAUUCUUGCAUGGGCGCCCAGCAGAUAUCAGAAAAAGGAAGCAUGGAAAGAAAAACUGGGGCAGCUGAACAAUUUGAAGACGGUAGUUUGGUACAGUGUGAUUUAAAUGCUGCCGGUAGCACUCUCAAUAGAGAAAAACAGGUUGAGACUACCAAUAGAGAAAAAAAGGCUGAUGCUCCUGUUUACAAAAAGCAGGAUGUUGUAGAUGACAUUCCAAUCGAGAUUCUUGAACUUCUUCAGAGUAAUUAUCAUAAGAAUCAUCAGCUGAAUUCUGGUUACUCUUCUACAGACGUGGCUCGGUCAUCAGGGAUAAAUAAGAAAAUGGCAGAUCUUAGUCUCAGCCGGCCUUCGAACGUUAGUGACUCUUAUGGAAAUACGGUGUCUUAUUCACGGCAUGAGAAUAGAUCAGGAGUGUUUUCUAAAUUUGGCAAUGGUCUAGACAGGUCAGUUUCUAUUGUCCAAAACACAGAAUCCUCCAACCUGGGACGGAGAGCUCAGACUUCCCGAAGACGAAAAAGGCAGAUUAAGGUGAAAGAUGGGCCUUCUAUCUCUAGGAAGCCCACCGAUUACCGUUUUUGCUCAGAUCCCAUCCAAUGUCCACAGGAUACCAGAUUGCAAGUGGGUUUGCUUCAAAAUUUGGAACAGCAUCAUAAUUCUAAAGAGUUCUCUAGACAGUAUGCUUGCAGAUGCUUUUCUCAAGGCUAUUCCAAUUCAGAUUUAAUUCCUCAAACUACACCACUGGAGAGAAAUCCAAGCAAGGCUACUCAGAACAGUGACGACCUCAAACUGGUCGGCAUGAACCGUAGACCUUUCCACAGAGCAAAGCAGAAAACUGACGUGAAGUACAAGAUGACAGUCUCGGCAGGCAGUGGUUAUCUGGAAAAGGUAAAAGAAUGUGACUCAAAGUUGAUGCACCCAUCUGAAGGAUACCCAAACGAAACGAUUUCUGCCAUGCACUUGCUCAGACUCGUGGAUCCAGCAGUCAGUUCUAGGGCAUCUGUGCGUCUACCAGUGAAUAAUAGCCAGGCAGGAUUACUCAGCAAGUUAAAACGUUCUGACAACUAUUGUCAGAGAGAGUUUAUUGAUGUGGAUGCAGGCAUGAGAGAUGAGAAUGCUUUUAUUUGUUUGAGCAUCCCAAAGCAUCAAAUCCAUGACCAAACAAGUUCUUUGAGUCUCAUGUCAGCUACUCCACUGAGCGGGACUCUCAAUUCUUCUUCGCAGAGGAGCAUGCCGUCAGACUCGGAUCAAUUUCCUGCUCUGUAUGGAUCCAAAGGAUUAGGCUCCAGAUCGGCUCUGCUGUACUCAAAAGCUGGAAGGAAGAAGAAAAUAAAAAAACCAAAUUCAGCCAUUCAUAUGAACCUGGGUCACACAUCACUGGGCGGACAAGUGCCUUUCACUGCAAGUAGGGAUUCCCGAGAGAGAUUUCAGCCAACUUUGAAUUCUCCUCCCUGUUAUCUCAAUUCUGCUGGCUUCCCUAAACAUAAUGAGGCUAGAGAAAGCUUAAUUCAGGUUGAGUACAAGAAUAAAGAGGAAGUGAAUGUUGCGUUGAGGGGUAUCCAAACCGAGCUCUGUGCUGUCAAUAGAAAUCCUGCAGACUUCUCUACUAUCGAUGAGAACAACCUGUAUAUGAUCGGUUAUGAAGAUCUAAAGCCUAGAGACAUGCCUCCAAAGAGGAAGAAAGAGUUUAGGGUUUUCCCAGAUUCUCCGAGGAGACAGAAGUUUUCAAAGCCUGUCACUUUAAAGGGGAGCUGAGAGGUUGACCUUCUUCUCAAAGGAGGUUUCCUGACAAGGCCAGUUGGUAGCGGUUGCAUGAAUAAGUGUUGUAAAGUGUUUUACAUCUAAUAAUUCUUGUGCUAGUUUCCUUAUACAGCUCCGAUGAACUCGCUAUGAUUCCCAGACAACACAGAUAACGGCCCCUCACAUGAUGAGAAAGAGCGCCGCUCUUGAAUUCCUCUGGGUUUCUGCUGCCUAA